AAUCUGCUUCUCAAAGAAACGAAAUCUAAAGCAGAAAAAAAUUUAAGUUUGGAGGCGUUGGGGAGUAAAUUCGUUCCGCCGGCGAAGAAGUAGCACCCACCCAUCGGCUCCCUUUUCUUUUCUUUUCUUUUCUCCGGGAAAGCUAUUAAGACAGGCAUAGCAUCCUCUGUGGGAAGAUGGAAGCCAAGUUCUUUCGGUUCUUGAAGAUUGUUGGAGUUGGAUACAAAGCCAGAGCUGAGGAAGCAGGGCGUUUCUUAUACCUCAAGUUAGGUUACAGUCAUGAAGUUGAACUGGCAGUUCCUCCAGCUGUCCGUGUCUUCUGUUUCAAGAACAAUGUGGUUUGCUGCACCGGGAUCGACAAGGAUAGGGUGCAUCAGUUUGCUGCCACAGUCCGGAGUUGCAAACCUCCUGAGGUUUAUAAGGGGAAAGGCAUAAUGUACAUUGACGAAGUCGUCAAGAAGAAGGUUGGAAAGAAAUCCAAAUAAUCUCUUCUUUUCUUUGUUUACUCUGUGGAAUACAUUGAUUUUUUUGGUGAUAGCUUUGGGAUAUGCUUAUCAAUAAGUUUGGCUUGGAUGUUAAUUUUUGGCUUAUGUUAAUUUUGUGAUAAUUUUUGGCUUAUGUUCUUGAAAUCCAAAUAUGCAACAUCAUUUUGUGGCUUAUGUUAAUUUUUAAUCAAACAAGAGUAGAAGAUUUUGUCUUCAAACAUGG